GACAAGGUCAACAUCCACCAAUAGCAAGACAAGCCGCAACGUCAUUCCACCUUACGUAACCGUCUUAUUCCCGUCAUCUCACGCUUCACCCAAGUCACCGAGUCGGCGACUUAACCUCUCACCAACAAGCCGCUGAGAAAUCACCAGCAUCAACUCUAAUCUCAAUGGCCGACUCACAAAGUCGCCAAAGCAGCGUCAGAUCAUCAAGUGCUGCACCUAUUCGGACACGUGUAGCUCGCGUGGCUUGCAAAGCGUGUCACGCAAGACGGGUAAAGUGUGACGCCGCUGAUGGGCAGCCGUGUUGGCAUUGUCGCACGCGCGAUGUUACCUGUGAGUUGAUAGACUCCAAACGUGGGAAAUAUGCUAGAAGAAGUACUGCGCAACGAGUCUCAAGAAGACAGCAGGCGCAAAGUCCGGUUGAUCAACAUGAUACCAUGCACGACAGUAUCGCAAUAAUUACGCCUCAAAGUAACGAAAACUCGCAAUAUCAGGAACAUAGUCAGCCAGUCCCAUCGAACAUCGCGCAGAAUAAUGAGCCGGGCUCUCAGCAACAGAGCUUGUCCGGGAAUGACAAGUCAUACUUCCUCGGCGACUCAAGCAGCUUAUCAUACAUUGUCGAGAUGAUAUGCAGUCCAAGAGGCGGAGUCAGCGAGCCCGUAAAAGUCCACUAUCCCAUACCGGCAUCGAUAGCAGACCGCGCAAUCAUUCCAACACGACCCCAAGUUGAGCCACUCCGCGUACAAGAUGCAUUGACGAUGCCACCGAAAGAGAUAUCUGACCGUCUUGUGUACACCUUUUUCGAGAUCAUCCAUCCGCCUUAUCCGGUAAUAGAUAGACGCGCCUUUUCGGAGCUGUACAGACAGGGCAAAGCAUCGCCUAUGCUUUUGCAUGCGAUGUUCCUUGUCACGUUCAUUCUCUGUGAUGAAGGUCUCAUACAGGCUGCUGGCUUCAGUGAUCGGACUGCUGCUCGCAAGCAUCAUUAUCUUCGUGCGAAAACGCUGUAUGAUGUUGAUCAUGAGACUGACCGGAAUGUCCUCACUGCAGCAAUCUUUCUUCUGGGAUUUUGGUGGAAUGGCCCGGAUGAUCAGAAGGACUCGUGGUUCUGGCUUGGAUGUGCGACAUCUUGUGCGCAGUCUUUGGGGAUGUAUCGUUCGACGGUCGCGUCGAGGUUGAGCCCCGAGAAAAGAGCGUUGCGAAAGCGAAUCUGGUGGUCUAUAUACACUCGUGACCGUCAUACUGCCGCAUGUCUUGGUAAGCCCUGCAGAAUCAGGGAUGAAGACUGCGAUAUCGAACCUCUUACCGAAGAAGACUUCUAUUUCGACGACGACCACAACGAUCCUCUAAUAACCCGACAAGAAGAACACCAUACGGCUCUUGCGAUAGAGAUGGCGAAGGCUGCCGAAAUCCUGGGGGAUAUUGUUAUCGCAGAAUACAGUCCUCGUCGCCCAGACUUAGAACAAUACAAGCCAGACCGACUGAAACAGAGACUUGAACAGUGGGAAGCGCAGUUGCCGAAAUGCAUGCAGAGGGCACAGCUUGAUGAGACGCUGGGUCCAGCAUUCUGGGCAACCCAGUUGCACAUGGCGUACCAGAACUACUACAUUCUCCUGUUCAGACCGAAGGCGAUUGAGGACCUCACACCGUCUGAAGCCGAGGGUGAUAUUUGGGCUCGGAGGGCAGCUGAUUCCAUCACUCGCAUGACGGAAGAUCUCCUUGCCGUCGGAGCAAUGAGUAAGAGUCAAAUGCACAUUGUCCCCGCCGUCUUCGGGGCCCUCUCCAUCCACACCCUCGUCAUCUGCCGCAAGGACCCCAUCCGACGCCAACUCGCCGGCAACAAAUCACGGCAAUGCAUCCUCGCCCUAAGCGAACUCGCAAAGCAUUGGCCCGUAGGACUAUGGAUCAUGAGAUUCUUCGGCAACCUCAUGCGAAGACUCACAGGCCAAGGUUCUGCUGUUUCGGCAGGCUCAAUAGUUGACGUGACAUCGCGAAUCGCAAACUGUAAUCGUAACGAAGACUCUACUCUGACGGAAGUCAGCAGGGUAACUUCUCAGACCUUAGCAGAAAACGGUGGUCCGUUCACUGACGCGACGAACGCUCAAGUCGCUGGCGCUGUGAUGGAAACAAAUGAUCUGUUCCAACAGCCAGCAGAUCAGUUCAGUUUUGACAACUUUUGGGCUGAGGAUACCAUUGAUGUUGAUCUACUGCUUCAGCAUGGUUUAUGUCCAUUGCUGCCAGGCAACUUUGGAACCUUUCCACCAAUGUCGGAUCCUCAAGGCUUUUAGACAGACGGAAUUCCGGCCACAAUGGCAAAGUACAAUUCUUCUAAUAGGGUAUGAAGUCUACCUAUUCUAUGUGUCGCUUCUCUAUAAUGCUUUUCUCUUGAACGUCAUCUAUCGCAUCCCCAACUCAGGUGAUGCAGCCAACUUUUGGCUGGCCCAAUUAUUUAUCUCAUAACCAAAUAUUUUUCUGUCGUACUAUUAGAUCUUUGAAGCAAAUUUGCUCUUGGCUCGCAGCUUCUUGCCAUAUCUGAAGAACAGAUAAGGGAACGGCGCCAUGGCGACCGUCAAGAAGGCAAGAAGACUAGAAGCCCACUGAUAACCAAGCGUCUCGUACAUCUGGAUACCAAACAGUGGGAAUGCCGCUAUACGAUUGUUAGUAACUGUGCUG